UUAUUCAAUUAACAAGUCGACUUGGCUGCAGGAUCGCAAUAACCUUUCCUAUCUAUCAGAAAAUCUUAACAGAAACUCAACAUGGCAAGAAAUUUAUCGCCGGAGGAGAUUCAAGUCUUCAAGGAUCUCUUUGACUCAUAUGACAUAGACAAGGGUGGGAACAUAAGCGUCGAGGAGUUCGCGAAGGUUAUGUCUCAGAGCCCAGGCAAGCCACCAACACAAGAAGAGGUAGCACAGAUCAUCAAGGAAGUUGAUCUCGACGGUGAUGGGCAAAUCAACUUUGAUGAGUUCAUCACCAUGAUGACCGGUCAACCGUAUCCGCCUCCGGAUGAAGAAUGGGUCAAAGCUUGGAAACAAUUUGAACCGUCCCUAAAUGGCUCAAUCACGCAGAGUCAAUUUCGGCAACUCAUGGAGAACCUGGGUGAAUCUGUCAGUGAUGUUGAAGUCGAGAAACUCAUCAACAAUGUGGAUGGUGAAGGAAAACUUAGCUUCAAAGCAUUCGUGCACUUUUUUAAGACCAGGAACCUAGAAAAUGACAUUCUGAAUGGAUAUUCAUGAUGAAGUCGACCCCUAGGUUCUGGCUAUGUGCCUAUAAUUAUGGGUAUCGCAGCGGGUAACGUAAUGAGACUUCUCGGUAACAACAGUGUUACCAUACCUACCUAGGUAGGUACCUACCUCUACACAGAUAUUGCAUAGCUUGGCAAUUUGCCAAGUG